AUUCUUCCUUAUCACUGCUAUGUAAAAACAUCACUUUUCACACAAUCCUUCUGUCAAGCAAUUCUUCGCAACAUAUCUUCUCCUUCGAAAUCCUGCUGUAUUGGCUAAGCUUGUGGAAGAGAUCCGCUCCUCCUUUGCGUCUGCAGAUGAGAUCAACUCUCCUGCUGUGUCACAUCUCCCAUAUCUCAUGGCAGUUUUCAGCGAAUUCUUCAGACUUCACCAUCCUGUUGAUGGCAGGUCUAAUCGUAUCGUUCCUGCAAAUGGAGUGCCGGUCGAUGACCAGUUGUCCCUGGCCGGUGUCAUGUCGGGCUGUCUCAGACAUCUGCCUACUUGUUCAAGAAAAACUUCAGCCGCACCUCUUCAUUCCAGAACGGUGGUUGGACUCGUCAGAUAUGGACGGUAUUAAGACUGUGCUACAGCCUUUCCAUGUAGGGCCGAGAAAUUGCAUAGGGCGAAAUACAGCAUCGAGUAAGCGAUCGAAUUUUAUGUGAUGG